ACAUGCGCAGAACCGACCGUACUUCCGGUAGUGAAAGGCCAGGUGGCGAGCAAGAUGGCGGACUGAGUGGCUGUAGCGUCCCCGUUUGUAAAUGACCACAUAACUGCAAAUGUAGAAACAAAUACAUACAUUAUUCGUCUUUUCUUAAGCCCACCAAAUGGAAAUUGAGUGUGGAGCGAUGGAGUGUUACCUGAAGUGAAGAUUGAAGACGUGAUAGAAGAUGGCCGACUACUGCUAUGCUAGGAUGGCGACGUCCGCUAAAAGAGAACAUGAAGGAGAAUCUGCGCCUCCAACGGAGAUAAAGACGAAAACUGCAGUUAAAGAUGAGCGAGUGGAAGUUUCCAAUAACGUCAUUUUGGAGACUAUCGUGAGCCCUCAAAAGAGCGUUGAUGAGACAUUAGCCGACUUUGUUGAAGAAUGUAAAGAAAGAGUCGCCAUGAUUGUUAGCUUGAAGAAGGCAGUGGAGUUCACAUCAGAGGAGAUGAAAGAAUGCAAAAGUCAAAUGAAGAAAGUGGAAGAGCAAAACAAGCGCUUGUGUCAAAAAAAGAGUGAAGAAGAGAAGACUGGACCACAUGUCUACAUCAACGUGCAGAGGAUUGGAGAAGAACUUCCCCCUCAGUUAGGGGGGAGCUCCAUUUUGAAGCAGAAGACUAUACAGCCCCCCCACAUAAAAAAGGAAGAGGAGGAACUCUGCAUCACUCAGGAGGGAGAGUGUCUUCUAGGACGAGAGGAAGCUGAUUACACAGACUUUCCACUGACUGUUGUCUCUGUGAAGAUUGAAGAUGAUGAAGAGAAACCACAAGGAGACAACCUCUUAGCUCCACUCUCAGAUAGUGAGGCUGAAGACGAGGUUGAAGAACCUUUGAGCAGCGAUACAGACUGUGAAGAUGAUAUGAGGACUCACACUGACAACAAACACUCUGGAUGCUCUAAAAAGAACAGAGACAUCCAGCAGCUGAUUGGUCAUCCAGUAGAAUUCCCGCCUCAGCUGCAGGGAGGGGAUUCCACUUUGAAGCAGGAGACUUCACAACCACCCCACAUUAAAAAGGAAGAGGAGGAACUCUGGCUCACUCAGGAGGGAGAGUGUCUUCUUGGGUUGGCGGAAGCUGAUCUCACCAAGUUUCCACUGACUGUUGUCUCUGUGAAGACUGAAGAUGAUGAAGAGAAACCACAACCAGACAACUUCUUAGCUCCACUAUCAGAUAGUGAGGCUGAAGACGAGGUUGAAGUAACUUUGAGCAGCGAUACAGACUGUGAAGGUGAUAUGAGGACUCACACUGACAACAAACACUCUGAAUGCUCUAAAAAGAAGAGAGGUAAAACAUGUUUGAGUUGCUCAGUUUGUGCUAAAAUCUUUAUAAAAAAGAGCCUUUUAGCUGAACACAUGAGAACACACACAGGAGAAAAACCAUUUAAAUGUUCAGUGUGCGGUAAUACCUUCUCCCAAAAGAGCAGUUUGACUCAACAUAUGAGAAAACACAAUGGAGAAAAACCAUUUAAAUGUUCAGUUUGCGUUAAAGGUUUUACAAAAAAGUGCCAUUUGUCUCAACAUAUGAAAAAGCACACAGGAGAAAAGGCAUAUAUUUGUUCAGUUUGUGGUAAAAGCUUUGGUUCCAGUUCAGGUUUGACUCAACACAUAAUAACACACAAUGAGCAAAAAACAUUUAGUUGCUCCGUUUGUGGUAAAAGCUUCUUUCAAAAGACCAAUUUAAAUCAACACAUGAGAAUACACACAGGAGAGAAACCAUUUAAAUGUUCAAUAUGUGGUAAAAGUUUUUCUCAAAAUAGCAGUUUGACUGAACACACCAGAAUACACACAGGAGAAAAACCAUUCAAUUGCUCAGUGUGCGGCAAAAGCUUUUCUCAAAAGAGCAGUUUGACUCAACACAUGAGAAUACACACAGGAGAAAAACCAUUUAAAUGUUCAGUGUGUGGUAAAACAUUUACCAAAAAGUGCCAUUUGACUGAACACGUGAGAACACACACAAUUAUAAAAAUGUUUAAUUGCUCAGUUUGUGAUGAUAGCUUUUGUAAAAAGUACCAUUUGACUGAACACAUGAAAACACACACUGGAGGAAAAACAUUCCAUUGUUCAGUUUGUGGCCAAAUCUUUGUAUCCAAGCAAGGUUUGACUCGACACAUAAUGACACACACUGGAUUAAAACCAUAUAAUUGUUCAGUUUGUGGCAAAAGCUUUGCUUUAAAAACCAAUAUGACUCGACACCUGAGAACACACACUGGAGAAAAACCAUUUAAUUGUUCAGUUUGUUUGAAAAGCUUUUUUUCCGGAGAUGGUUUGAACCGGCAUAUAUGGAAUUUUAAACAGAAUAAAACAUUUAGUUGUUCAGUUUGUGGUCAAAUAUUACAUCAUAAUGCAGACGCAGUAAAACACAUAAGAACACACAAAGGAGAAUAACCGAUUAUAUGUUAAGUUUCUGGUAUGUUGUUCAUAUGUGGCAACAUCCACCCAAAUCCAGGACCUCCUCAAAAUAAGUUCACUAUUUCUUUCACAAAUAUCUGAGGUCUUCGUACAAAUGGGAAUUUUCUGGAGCAGACGAGACACACAUGAUGAUUUUAGCUGGGGAGGAAUCGUAGUCUUCUUCAGUUAUGUUUUUACCGCCUCCUGAAUGUCUGACUUUGAACACCAACAACAUGAAUCGAUCUGCCUGAAACUGCACCUUCCAGGUGUUCAUGUGUUAAUGAUUCGAUGUACAAUGUAAAAUCUGAGCAUAUUGACACUAUCCAAGAACUCCAUCCAAAGUCGGAAAUUAUUGUUCUUGGAGAUCUGAAUGCCCAUCAUGAAGACUGUCUGGGAAGUAAAAAGACUGACGCUCAUGGGCAAUGUGUUCAUGAGUUGGUUUUACUCAUGAUCCUGCAAGGAUUGGGAAGGAUAAAAAUUGCCACAAACGCCAAAACAAGCGUAGGUAGUCCGACUUUGUACUUGAAAUCAAAAUCUGAAUACCAGAGAACCAAUUAGACCACUGCUGUUCCUCCAUUAGUAAAUAAUGAACAGACUUUCAGCGAGACAAAAGACAAGACUGAGCUUCUAACCACAUUUGCAGCUCAUGUCCAUCUUGGUGUUAAUGGUAAGAAACUCCACAAGUUGCAGCCCAAAACCAGCUCUGUCAGCCAUGAAAUCCUGGCCCAUAAAUGUUCCUGAAAAAAUGCCCUUCUCUUGACCCUGAUGGGAUCCCAGCAACUGUACUUAAAGACUGUGCACCAGAGUUUGAUCCAGAGAGAAAUGUGUGUUUGUUGAGUGUUUAAAUAUGUUUAGUUUCUUCCAUUUUAUGAUAUUAUUUCUGCUUAUGUGAGGUCACUUGGGUUCACUUCCUGUUGUAUGUAGACACAUCUUCAUAUUUACCUUCACUGUAUUUUAGUUGUUUUAUUGUCUUGCUUUGUUUGCUUUUAUA